CCUUCCAUGUAAAAUCCAACACAGCUUUAUUCUUAUUCUAUCUCUUCUCUAAAUCUCUCUUUAUUAUUUCUUGGUGAAGAAGAUGAAUAAUAUUGUUAUGGAGGAGAAACGAUAUGCUCUUUUGCUGGCAGCAAGAGACUCGGACUAUGUGAAGAAAGUGUACGGUGGAUACUUCAAUGUCUUCGUUGCAGCUUUUGGAGAAGAAGGAGAGAGAUGGGACUUGUUCAGAGUUGUUGAAGGAGAGUUCCCUGACAUGAAUAAGCUUCAAAAAUACGAUGGAUUUGUCGUCAGUGGUAGCCCUUAUGAUGCCUACGGAAAUGACUAUUGGAUUCUCAAACUUUGCUUCUUGCUCCAGACUUUAGAUUCCAUGGAGAAAAAAGUUCUUGGCAUUUGCUUCGGUCACCAGGUUUUGUCCAGGGCAUUAGGAGGGAAAGUAGGGAAAGCUUAUACAGGAUGGGACAUUGGGCUGAGGAGAGUGAGAAUGGUCAGGGAUUUGAGGACUUGUAGCUUCAUGGAGGAAUUAGCAGAUGAAAUCCCACAAUUUCUUUCGAUUAUCGAGUGUCAUCAAGAUGAGGUUUGGGAGGUGCCUUCAGGGGCACAAGUGAUAGCAUUCUCGGAUAAAACAGGCGUUGAAAUGUUCACCAUUGGAGACCACAUUCUUGGCAUUCAAGGCCAUCCUGAAUACACCAAAGACAUUCUUUACAAUCUCAUUGAACGCCUCCUAAAUAACAAUUGCAUUCAGAGUGAUUUUGCGGAUAAUGCCAAGUUUGGAUUGGAGAUAGCCGAACCAGAUAGAAAGUGUCGGGAAAAAAUUUGCAGGAAUUUUCUCAAGGGAAGAACAUAGAGAGAAUAAUUUUGGCCUCUCUUUUCAGAUUAAUAAUGAAUUUGUCUUUAAUUGUAAUUAAUUAUGUUCAAGCUCUCUAACUGUAAGUUUUAGGGAGCCUUAGAUCCCCCGUGAUGCAUCUUUUUCAUUUUGUUUUUCGGGCUUUCCCCCAAAAUUAUUAAAAAAAAAAUU